UUUUCUAUAUUUGACUUGACAAAAAAUAUUUUCAACGUGUAAAGCACACAAUUUUGUAAAGCUUUUUAUUUACGCUUUCAAGAAUUUAUCAAAAUGGCCACACUAGGCGCUAGACUUACUGGUCUUAUCAAUACUGCAAAGGCACAGGCUCGUCCACUUUUUGAUGAAUUCAUGUAUUAUGCCAAGGUGGAGUUGUCGCCACCGACACCAGCUGAUUUCAAGAAUUUUCGCAAGUCAGCCGAGCAGGCGGCCAAAGCGGCCAAGACGGCCGGAAAGGAUUUCAAGUCGUCGGGCAAGCGUCUUGGUCAAGUGACCGUGGCUGAAGCUUGGCUAAAUACACUGGUCACCAUUGAGGUGAUCACCUGGUUCUUUGUGGGCGAGGUAAUUGGACGCCGUCACCUUGUCGGCUACAAAGUCUAGAAAGAAACAGAUGGGCAAUUACAUUCUCGUAUUUCUCUGUUCUACGUUUCCAUCCAUACAUGCAUACAUUAAUAAAUAAAAAAGCUGCAGCAAUUCACGGAUCAUAA